GUGACAAAGCAAUUCUAUUUUGUUUCUUAAAGGUAUUUUCUCUUUCUUCUAUUUAUUUUCUAAGCAAAUUGAGAUUGUUCAUCAAAUAAACUGUCUUACAUGCGUGCUUCGUGGUCAAAAACAUCCUUUUUUUCUUUGAUUUGCUUUUGAAAAUGAGUUCGCAGCCGUCUGUUCGAACAUUUUAACUUGUUAUUUCUAAUUAUUAAUAAAUAUUGUUGAUCAUGGAAGAACAUGUAUUUAGACUGAGGGGACAGAGUCAAUUUAAUAAUAUCUUCCACAUUUACUAAUUCAAAAAACAUUCUGAAAAACAUGCAGAAAUUUAUUUUAGGUACAUGUGUAUGUCAACCAUUUGUCUCUUUUGGUAGUGGAUGAUUUUCUCUUUGGCCGAAUCUUUGUCUUUUGUGUAGUAAACAAGGAUGACAAGGAGGAUAAUUAACCUGACUGAAACACCAUAAUCACCUAGUGGUUCGAGUAUAAUCAUACUUCUGAAAAUAUAUAUGUCAAUUUCUAAAGAAAGAUACGAUAAUAUAACGAGGCAGAUGUUGUUGUUUUUGUUUUUGUUUAUAAUAGGUUACUUAAGGAACAGUGGUGUAAAAAUUCGAUUGUCAAUUAAUUUUUUAGUCUUACAAUUUAUCUUGAAACUUUAUGAAAAAGUCGUUUGUUUUUAAAUCUUUACCUUCGUUAAAAAAAAGAGUUUAAGAGACGAAAAUAAUCAUCAUCGUUCUUCUCAUCGACAUUAUUCAAAUCGUUCUCAUUCACCUUCACCCACUUCAUUUCGUUCAUCACCAAAACGAAGCAAACAGUCUCAUCGAUCCAUUCGUCCACCAUUGCCUGCUUCAAAAAGAACAAAACCUGUCUCUUCUCAUCAUCGUCAAAACUCACCUGAAUCAACUAAUAUCAGAGAUCGUUCUGAAUCAAUUACUGAAUUCAAACAGCCAGAUCCUGUUUCACAGCAGUCCGAUGAUCAGUCAUCGUAUCCUCGUAAAAAUGUGUCUGUUAAUUACCUUGAUUAAGUACAUUUGGACUCAUUACCGUGUGCCGAUUAUUAUGAACGUUCAUAUAUGCAUCAUGAUGUGGUUACACACUGUCUGGUAACAAAAACAGAUUUUCUCAUCACUGGUUCAGCUGAUGGUCAUAUUAAAUUUUGGAAAAUGUUAACAUUAGAGUAUGUAAAAAUGCAAGCCACUCUAUCUUCAUAUCAACAACAACAGCAACAACUAUCAGCAUCAUCAAAACAACAACAAAUAAAUGGACCAAAAGGAAUCAAUGGAAAUGUACAAACAACAUUUGUCAAACAUUUUAGAGCACAUUUAGGUCAUACUCGAUGUGUACAUUUAAUUGAAUAUAAUGAACAAACAGAAUUAGUUGUAUCAUGUGAUAUGGGCGGUAUUGUUAACUAUUGGUCAGGCAAAGAAUCAUAUCAAUAUGAUAUUCCAUCAAAAUUGUGUCAAUUUGAAUCAAAAUUAGAUACGGAUCUAUUUGAAUUCAUUAAAGAACAAACAUAUCCAUAUUGUUUAAAAUUUUCAUCAAAUGGACUAAUUUUUGCUUGUUUAACACGAACAAUUGAAACACCAAUUACAAAGAAAAAAUUAUAUUUAUUUGAUACAAGACGAGGAAAAAUUUUGAAAAUUUACAACGAGACAAAUGAUGUCUAUCGACAAUUACAAGAUAAAUUACAACAAAAACAACAGCAACUGGCACAAUCGGCAUCGAUGAAUAAACAAGAUGACGAGGAUGAUGUGGAGAAUGAGCAGAUAGAUGAAAAAAGUAAUAAGAUAAUCACAGGUAAAUAA